AUGGCAACUGCACUGGCUGGAGAUGAUCUUGCCAGGGCGCUUAGCAACCGCUCGACGAGCCGGAGAAUGAGUUUGACUUCGUCGGCUAGCAAGAGAGGUUGGGCCUCAGCUAGUAUCCGUGAGGUGUGGAAUAACCCCACUGAUGUGUUCCAGAAAAGUGGGAGAGAAGAAGAUGAAGAAGAGCUCAAAUGGGCUGCCAUUGAGAGGCUGCCAACUUAUAAUAGAUUGACCAAGGGACUCUUGAGGCAAGUUUUGGACGAUGGAAAGAUUAAUUAUGAAGAAGUUGAUGUUACCAAUCUUGGUAUGCAUGACAAGAAACAUCUCAUGGAGAGUAUUCUCAAAGUUGUUGAAGAUGAUAAUGAAAAGUUCCUCCUCAGGCUCAGGGAAAGAACUGACAGGGUUGGAAUUGAGAUUCCAAAGAUUGAAGUGAGGUUUGAGCAUUUAUCCAUAGAAGGAGACGCAUAUGAUGGAACCAGGGCACUUCCAACUCUGUUGAAUUCUUCCUUAAAUGCAAUAGAGGGAUUCCUUGGAUUUUUCAGACUUUUCCCAUCUAAGAAAAAGGUUGUUCAGAUUCUUCAAGAUGUGAGUGGAGUAGUCAAACCAUCCAGAAUGACACUGCUUCUAGGACCUCCAGGAUCCGGAAAAACUACAUUGCUUCAGGCUCUUGCUGGGAAGAAGGACAAGAGUUUAAGGGUGACAGGCAGAGUCACUUACUGCGGUCAUGAAUUUUGUGAAUUUUUUCCUCAAAGAACAUGUGCUUAUAUCAGCCAGCAUGAUCUUCAUCAUGGUGAGAUGACGGUUAGGGAGACAAUGGAUUUCUCCGGGCGUUGCUUGGGAGUUGGAGCCAAAUAUGAACUCUUGGCGGAGUUGUCAAGGCGAGAAAAGGAAGCAGGCAUCAAACCUGAUCCUGAGAUAGAUGCAUUCAUGAAAGCCACUGCAAUGGCCGGCCAAGAAACAAGUCUAGCCACUGAUUAUGUGCUCAAGAUUCUUGGAUUGGAUAUCUGUGGUGAUAUUAUGGUGGGUGAUGAAAUGAGAAGAGGCAUAUCAGGUGGGCAAAAGAAGCGUGUUACUACAGGAGAAAUGUUGGUUGGACCUGCCAAAGCUCUUUUCAUGGAUGAGAUAUCAACUGGUCUGGACAGCUCUACCACCUUCCAGAUUGUCAGGUACAUGAGGCAGAUGGUUCAUAUUAUGGAUGUGACCAUGAUAAUAUCUCUUCUGCAACCUGCACCUGAAACCUAUGAUCUUUUUGAUGAUAUUAUCUUACUCGCCGAGGGUCAGAUUGUGUACCAAGGUCCAAGGGAUAAUGUGCUAGAAUUCUUUAAAAGUGUAGGCUUCUAGUGCCCUGAAAGGAAAGGAACAGCAGAUUUCUUGCAAGAGGUUACUUCCAAAAAGGACCAACAGCAGUAUUGGUGCAAAAAGGAUGAGCCUUACAGAUAUGUUUCCGUACCUGAAUUUGUGGAUCACUUCAAAUCUUUCCAUGUUGGUCAAAAACUUGCUGAGGAACUUAGAGUUCCCUAUGAUAAAUCUAAAGCUCACCCUGCAGCUUUGGUUAAAGAAAAAUAUGGAAUCUCAAACUGGGAACUCUUCAAGGCAUGCUUUGCAAGAGAGUGGCUUCUGAUGCAGCGCAAUUCUUUUGUGUAUAUAUUCAAGACAACUCAGAUCUUCAUCAUGUCAAUUAUAGCCUUCACCGUCUUUAUAAGAACACAGAUGAAGUAUGGUACCAUACAAGAUGGAGGAAAGUUCUAUGGUGCAUUGUUCUUCAGUCUCAUUAAUGUUAUGUUUAAUGGGAUGGCAGAGCUUGCAUUGACUAUAUUUAGACUUCCUGUGUUUUUCAAACAAAGGGAUUUCUUGUUUUAUCCAGCUUGGGCUUUUGCCUUACCAAUUUGGGUCCUUAGGAUUCCCCUCUCCUUGAUGGAGUCAGGGAUAUGGAUCAUCCUCACAUAUUAUACCAUUGGGUUCGCUCCUUCCGCAAGCAGAUUUUUCCGUCAACUAUUGGCAUUCUUUAGUGUGCAUCAGAUGGCUCUAUCUCUCUUCAGAUUCAUUGCAGCACUCGGAAGAACACAAGUUGUCGCCAACACGCUUGGCACCUUCACUCUGCUGGUGGUUUUUGUACUUGGUGGAUUCAUUGUUGCCAAAGAUGACAUCAAACCAUGGAUGAUAUGGGGUUACUAUAUUUCUCCUAUGUCGUAUGGUCAGAAUGCCAUUGUCCUCAAUGAAUUUCUUGAUGAUAGAUGGAGUGCACCCAAUCAUGCACGUUCUCUAAUUGAUGAACCCACCGUUGGAAAGGCUCUUCUCAAAUCCAGAGGCAUGUAUACUGAAGACUACUGGUAUUGGAUUUGUAUUGCGAUACUCCUCGGAUUUUCUCUGCUUUUCAAUCUCUUCUUUAUAGCAGCAUUAACUUACCUGAACCCUUUGGGAGAAACUAAAUCUGUUACCGUGGAAGAUGGCGAGGGUAACAAGAGCAGGAAGCAGUCGUCUCCUUAUGGACAGAGAAAAGUGGGAGCAACAGAAAUGAGUGCAGCAUCUACAGCCCCAUCGUUUGAAGGUAUUGAUAUGGCAGUAAGGAAUCAUCCAGAAAACUCCAAUUCUGGUGCCACAGAAAAUGCAGUUACGAGGAAAGGAAUGGUGUUGCCCUUCCAACCGCUGUCACUUGCAUUUGAUCAUGUCAGUUACUUUGUUGAUAUGCCAGCUGAAAUGAAGAGCCAAGGAAUUGAAGAGGAUCGCCUCCAACUGUUACGAAAUGUUAGUGGUGCUUUUAGGCCUGGUGUUCUAACAGCAUUAGUUGGUGUAAGUGGUGCUGGGAAGACUACUUUGAUGGAUGUUCUAGCAGGCAGAAAAACUGGGGGAUAUAUUGAAGGAAGUAUCAGUAUUUCUGGUUACCCCAAGAACCAAGAAACUUUUGCUCGGGUUAGUGGUUACUGUGAACAGAAUGAUAUUCAUUCUCCAAAUGUUACAGUAUAUGAGUCUCUACUGUACUCUGCUUGGCUGCGCCUACCAAAGGAUGUCAAUGCAGAAACGCGAAAGAUGUUUGUUGAGGAAGUCAUGGAUUUGGUUGAGCUGAAUCCGCUGAGGAACUCUCUAGUUGGCCUUCCAGGAGUUGAUGGUCUGUCAACUGAGCAGCGAAAGCGACUCACAAUAGCUGUAGAGUUGGUUGCCAAUCCAUCCAUCAUUUUCAUGGAUGAACCAACAUCAGGUCUCGAUGCUCGAGCUGCUGCAAUUGUGAUGCGAACAGUGAGAAAUACUGUGGAUACAGGACGGACUGUCGUCUGCACAAUUCACCAACCGAGCAUAGACAUUUUUGAAGCUUUUGAUGAGCUAUUCUUGAUGAAAAGAGGAGGACAAGUCAUUUAUGCCGGACCUCUUGGGAUCCAAUCCCACAAGCUUGUAGAAUAUUUUGAAGCUGUCCCAGGUGUACCAAAGAUCACAGAUGGUUACAAUCCUGCUACAUGGGUGCUGGAAGUCAGUUCUAAUUCAGUGGAAGCUCAACUUGAUGUCGAUUUUGCUGACAUUUAUGCCAACUCUGAUCUGUAUCGGAGGAAUCAAAGACUCAUCAAAGAACUGAGCACGGCAGCACCAGGAUCAAAGGACCUUUAUUUCCCCACCAAAUAUUCACAAGACUUCAUUACUCAAUGCAAGGCUUGCUUCUGGAAACAGCACUGGUCCUACUGGAGGAACCCGCCUUACAAUGCCAUUCGGUUCUUUAUGACAAUAUUUGUUGGACUUAUAUUUGGAAUGAUUUUCUGGGAUAAAGGAGAUAAGAUACACAAGGAACAAGACCUGAUAAAUCUGCUGGGGGCAAUGUAUUCUGCUGUCCUUUUCCUUGGAGCUACCAACACUUCUUCGGUGCAGUCUGUUGUGGCGAUUGAACGAACAGUCUUCUACCGUGAAAGAGCAGCCGGGAUGUAUUCACCUUUGCCUUACGCAUUUGCUCAGGUUGCCAUAGAGACAAUAUAUGUUGCAAUCCAAACAUUUGUAUACACUCUAUUGCUUUACUCGAUGAUCGGGUUCCAUUGGCAGCUUGACAAGUUCUUGUGGUUCUACUUCUUCAUCUUGAUGUGUUUCAUGUACUUCACCCUCUACGGAAUGAUGCUUGUAGCUCUCACUCCAAACCAUCAAAUUGCUGCUAUUGUUAUGUCUUUCUUCCUAAGCUUCUGGAACCUGUUCUCCGGAUUCCUCAUUCCAAGGACACAAAUUCCGAUAUGGUGGAGGUGGUACUACUGGGCAUCUCCGGUGGCCUGGACAAUCUAUGGCCUUGUGACAUCUCAGGUCGGUGACAAGCUUUCUGAGGUUGAUGUAGCAGAAGAAGGUUGGAUGACAGUGAAGGAGUACAUUAAGAAGCAUUAUGGAUUUGAGCAUGACUUCCUUGGAGCUGUUGCUGCAGCUCAUAUUGGUUUUGUUCUCAUGUUCUUCUUUGUCUUUGCUUAUGGAAUCAAGUUCCUCAACUUCCAAAGAAGAUAA